AUGAUGAUUGUGAGGUUGAUGAAGACGAAGGGGGCAUGGGAUGAUGAUAAAAUCCCUGAUCCUGUGUCAUCAGAUGAUGAGAAUGAAGAGGAGAUAAUACCUGCGCAAGCUUACAGAGAAGACACUGAUCCAGAGGAGCACCUUCAGCUAGGCAAGACAUUUUCAGAUGCUGAGGACUUCAAACAUGUUUGUCUCAGGUAUACCCUGAAAACCAGAUACAACAUCAAGUACUACAGAUCCAGUAGCUUGAAGAUGGGGGCAAAAUGUGCCGCUGAGAUGAGAGAUGAUGAGGCUCCAUGUCCUUGGAUGGUUUACUGUUCGUAUGAUAGGAGGAAACAGAAGUUGAUGGUAAAGACAUACGUCAAUGACCAUAAGUGUGAGAGGACAGGGUAUUCCAAGAUACUUAAGAGGUCAGCAAUUGCAAGUCUAUUUGCUGAGAGGUUAGGCUGA